UGUAAGCCGUGCCAUCCGUCCCAGCCUUCAAAAACCCUAGCAAGUGCCAGUCUCUAGCUAUUUGCUCUCAGCCCCUCAUCCUAAAAAAACAAUGAAGGUUGUAGCCGCUUACUUGCUCGCAGUUCUCGGUGGCAACACCUGCCCUACCGCCGAGGACUUGAAGCACAUCCUCGGAUCUGGUAAUCUCUUCUUUCCCUCUCCACAUUAUGAUUUCCUUUUCCCGUUAUUAGAUCCUUAUAUCUUUUUUGGAAAAAUGAUCGGUUUUUUGGUUUUUGGAUGUGCAGUUGGAGCAGAUGCUGAUGAUGACAGGAUUGAGCUGCUGUUGUCCAGUGUGAAAGGAAAGGACAUAACUGAGCUGAUUGCUUCCGGAAGGGAGAAGUUGGCUUCCGUCCCUUCCGGUGGUGGCGUUGCUGUCGCCGCCGGUGGAGCCCCAGCUGCUGCUUCCGGUGGUGCUGCCCCUGCUGCCGAGGCAAAGAAAGAGGAGAAGGUUGAAGAGAAAGAGGAGUCUGAUGAUGAUAUGGGUUUCAGUCUAUUCGAUUAAGAGGUUCAUGCUUAUGAUUGGAAGAGGAGUUAUCUAAUUGUCAUGAAGCCCUCCUGCUGUUAGCGUCUGCUUGUGCACCAGUCAUUUUAUGUUUUGAACUUUUUGACCUUACUUAAAACUUGGCGAGUCUUUUUAUCUUUGUACUUUAGAACUCAGUUGUUUGCCUGUUUGGCGUUUCACUUGUUGAGCUUGUUGCGGCCUAUUGGUUAUUGCUUUGGAUUGUGUU